AUGCGUUUUCACCAAGCUGCUACUCUUGCAGCCUUUUCUGUCCCAAUAGCCGCUCGAGGCGAUUUCGAUUUCAAAGUAAAUCAACCACGCCGACUCGUUGCUGUUCAAAAGCCUAGUCCGGAUAGAGUGACUGCACACAGCAUAAAUCUGGGGCGAGCCAACACGGAAGUCAAUUCGUUGAGUGCUGGAUAUCUUCAAGCCAUCAGGUCGGGCAAACAUGUAGAUGGUGUCUACUCAAGACUUCGGAACGGUACUGUAGACCUUGUCUCGGUCAAUGCAGGAAGCGUCUUCCUCGCGCCUCUCACUGCAGGUGCCGAAACCUUUGAAGUUGUCAUCGACACGGGAAGUAGCGAUACCUGGCUCGUCAACAGCCAGUUCACCUGCGUCGACCCCAUGAACUCUGCAGUCCAAAGCGAGGCGGACUGUAUGUUCGGACCAGCGUAUUCUUUGACUUCCACGGCCGAGCAGAUCCCUAACCGCAAUUUCAAUAUCUCAUAUGCAGACGGAGAACGCCUCAACGGCGAAAUGAUUACCGAGGACUUGACCUUCGCUGGAAUCACAGUCGAAAACCAAACAAUGGGACUCGUCACCUACGCAGGCUGGUACGGCGAUGGUGCAUCUUCAGGAUUGGUCGGACUCGCCUACGCUUCCUUGACAAACCAAUAUGGCGGCAACAACCCCAGUGCAGAUGUUGCAGGCUUGACUAUCCCUUACAACCCUCUCCUCACAGGCAUGUUUGCUCAGAACCUCACUGCCCCGCUCUUCAGCAUCGCUCUCGACCGCGACGUUUCUAGGAGCGCACAAUCAGCAGGAGGCGUCCUUGCCGUCGGUGGCAUCCCAAACAUUCCCCACGGAGCCUUUUGGGCGUCGGCAAACAUCUCUGUCGUCGGUGUCGAUGCCUCUACAGGCCAACCUGAAUACCAGUUCUACGCUAUCAGUGUGGACGGCUGGGCCGUGAGCAAAUACUGGAAUGCGGAAUUUGACGUCAAGAUGACCGGAAACAUGCGCAAGACGCCUUUGCUGGGCGCACCUACCCGCAAUGUUAUCGUCGACUCGGGCACGAGUUUGAUCUACGCACCUACCGCUGUUGCUGCUGCUCUUGCUGCAGCCUUUAACCCUCCUGCUGCUGUAAACCCAAGCUAUGGGCUAUACACGGUUGCGUGCAAUGCCACUGUGCCUUUAUUCGGCGUCACCGUCUCGAGUAAAGUGUUCUAUAUCAACCCGUUGGAUCUCAUCAUCGAUACUGGACCGGGCUUUUGCGUCAUGGGUGUGCAAGACAACAAUGGAGGCUUGACUAUCAUCGGAGACGUGUUUAUGCGGAACGUACUCACUGUUUUCGAUGUCGGGGCCGCGCAAGUCCGUUUUUCGGCCAGGACAUGUCAGUUGACUGAUGGAACUAUCACUACUGGAGGGAAGCUAACUUUUUAUGAAGAAAGCCAUAUUUCAUUGAUAGUGUUUGACGGUUAUUUGAUUGCGACGAGGGAUAUAGAAAGUUAUAUA